AUGGCGGAUUACGAAGAGACGGUACCAUCUCCGCUCUCUCCUUUCUCUCCCGAGGAGGAGGAUGGGCUGUGGUCUGAGCUCGACAAGUGUGUCUCGGAACAUUGCGACAGCCACGAAUCCAUCGACGAUGCCCUUCGGUCCUGGCUGAAUCUGACAACCAAGCUGCGCCUGCAGCAACCUACGUCGCAAGACGAGGUGGUCUUGUGCUCGCAGAUCCUGUUGAAGAGCGACAUAUUCCUUCGGAACAAAGAGUAUGUACGCAAGCAACUCAUCUACAGCCUGCUGCAGGAGGACGAGUCCGGGCCACUCCACGCCAUAGUAUGCAUGCUCCUGCUCGACGGCCACCAGGACGAGGCGACGUUUCCGCACAUGAUCCAGGAAGCCUGCUUUCCUCGCCUUUUGGAGUUGAUCAGCAGCCGAGACUCUGAUGACGACCCGCGCCUCCAUCGAUUUCUGCUGCAGCUCAUGUACGAGAUGUCGCGCGUAGAGCGGCUUGCGCCGGAAGACUUGGCACUAGUCGACGAUGACUUUAUACAUUUAUUGUUUCGCCUAAUCGAGGGUGUGUCUAAUGAUGUUAACGACCCAUACCAUUACCCGACCAUUAGAGUACUACUUGUCUUGAACGAGCAAUACAUGCUUGCGUCUACAGAUACCGUGACGAAGCCUGGCUCGACGCCCGAGCCGCUAACAAAUCGCAUUGUAAAAUGCCUGAGUCUCCACGGACCACAGUAUCGAACCUUUGGGGAGAAUAUCAUUCUACUCUUGAAUCGAGAGACGGAGACAUCUCUCCAGCUGCUGAUCCUCAAGCUUCUGUAUCUUCUCUUUACAACAAAAGCGACGUACGAAUACUUUUAUACAAACGAUUUGCGAGUGUUAUUGGAUGUUUUUAUCCGGAACUUGAUGGACCUUCCGGACGAGAGAAUGUCCCUCCGGCAUACGUACCUGCGAAUUAUGUAUCCUCUGCUGGCUCAUACGCAGAUGAACCAGCCACCACACUACAAAAAGGAGGAGAUUCUCCGCGUGAUCAAUAUCCUGAAGGGCUCCCACAACGCCCACUUUGCUCCUGCUGACCCGACAACCCUCCGACUGGUAGACCGAAUAGCCAGGGUCAAAUGGCUCGAGGCGGACGACGACGCAGACUCUGAGGCAUCGGGACAGGCAGAAGUUGCGCGAAAGCUCUUGGGCAUGAGUGUUUCGCCAAGAGAUUCGUCCAGCAGUGUUAGUGUCAGUGAUGUGGCCGAAGUCACGGAAAAGCCAGGGGUGCACACACCAAGUCGAAAGAAUGAUUCGAAAGUGGGCAUGGAGCACUCGGAGCGUUACGUGGAGAUGGAAGACGAUGCUGGCAAAACUAAGAAGCCUCUGCCAGCGGUCCCCAAACACAAGCACGGCAUCCCAUUUAAGCAUACGGCCACCACCACGGUACACAUCAGCAAAGUUGCCACGAAAAGGACACCCCCCAAAGCGCCACCUCCAAGACGACAUGGUAAGGUGAGAAUGGCAGAAACGGCAUCGGAUGAAUCUCUAUCGGGGGCCAUACACUAG